AUGCCACAUGGAAGUAUUAUUGUUGCGCUGGUCAUCACUGCUGUUGCUCUGUGGACUCGUCUUUACAAGAUUAACUGGGCUGCUUAUGUUGUUUGGUAUGGUUUGCUUCUUUUAAAAUUCGCUGGACAUUAUAUCAAAAGAACGUUUUAUUUCGAUGUCCAUCCACCACUUGGGAAAAUGCUAAAUGGGUUUGCUGGCUUGGUUGCUGGCUUUAAUGGUACUUUUAAUUUUGAAUCUGGCGCAGAAUAUCCUCCCGAACUCAGUUAUGGUGUGAUGCGCUUCUUCAAUGCCAUCUUUGGUGCAUUAAUGGCUCCAUUGGCAUACUAUACUGGUAUUCAUUUGCACAUGUCCCAUCCAGGCGCUAUCCUCGUUGCCUCCAUGGUUGUCUUUGAUAAUGCACUGUGCACUAUUAGUCGAUUUAUUCUGCUGGAUUCUAUGCUUUUGUUUUUUACAGCUCUUAGUGUAUGCUGUCUUGUCGUGUUUCAUAACUACCAAAAAACUGCCCCUUUUUCAACAGAAUGGUUUCUAUGGAUGUUUUUUACUGGAAUCUCGCUUGGCUCUGUGCUUAGUGUUAAAUGGGUUGGUUUGUUUUCAAUUGCGUUGGUUGGUCUCCAUACAGUGGAUGAAUUGUGGGAUAUGCUUGGUAACCUGAAAAUGUCACUAAAAACUUAUGGCAGUCAUUGGAUUGUCAGAGCUGUUUGUUUGAUCUGUGUUCCUGCUAGUAUCUACCUUGCAUCCUUUGUGAUGCAUUUCUCUAUCCUCAAUCAUUCUGGUCCUGGUGAUGCUCAAAUGAGCUCUCUAUUUCAAGCAGGUCUUGUUGGUAACGAUUUCAGCUCCAACCCACUUGAACUUGCUUUUGGAUCCAAAGUUUCCAUCAAAAACAAUGCUCGUGGUGGUGGUCUUUUGCACUCUCAUGUUCAGCGUUAUCCCUCUGGAUCUACCCAGCAGCAGGUCACUUGCUAUCACCAUAAAGACUCCAACAACGAGUUUCUUAUCAUGAAACCAUGGGGUGACACUACCGAUCUGAUGACAGAACCAAUAUUUGUCGAGGAUGGUGACAAAAUUCGACUGGUCCAUAUCUCUACUUUUAAAAAUAUACACAGCCAUUAUGUUGAUGCUCCCAUAACUACUACCGACUACGAAGUGAGCGGCUAUGGAAAUGCUACAUUUGGCGAUCAAAAUGAUUUGUGGAAGAUUGAGAAAGUCGAUGACUGGACUGUUGGAAAAAAUAUAAAACGUAUUCGCUCUCUUACAACACGUUUUCGUCUUCGCCACGUUACUAGUGGAUGCUUGUUGCGUGCCGAUGGUGUUACGCUGCCACAAUGGGGAUUCAAGCAGAUUGAAGUGGUGUGUCAAAAAAAGCCCAAGGACGACGAAGUUGCAAACUAUUGGAAUAUUGAGCUACACGUGAAUUCUAAUUUGCCUCCUGGUGGCAAGAAUGCGUAUAAAUCAUCAUUUUUCCGUGACUUUAUUGACUUGAAUGUAGCCAUGUGGUCGUCCAACAACGCUCUCACACCCGACGCAGAUAAAGAACCUGAUCAACUGGUUUCACAGCCCUACCACUGGCCCCUCAUGACACGUGGCUUGCGUAUGUGUGGUUGGUCUGAUUCGGACAUCAAGUACUAUUUAUUGGGCAAUCCAAUUGUAUGGUGGGGCUCUACUGUAUCGCUUCUUGGCUUGAUUGGGCUCACGUUAAUAUAUGUUAUUCGUUGGCGUCGUGGCUGUCGCGAUUUUUCUUCACUUGAUGAGUGGGACAACUUUUACAUGGCAGCUAAAGUGGGAGUCUUGGGCUGGUUCCUGCACUACUUUCCUUUCUAUAUCAUGGGCCGUGUCAUGUAUGUCCAUCACUAUUUCCCCUCGUUGUACUUUGCCAUUAUUGCUUUUGCCUUUCUAGUAGACCAUCUUUCUGGAAAAUUUAGCAAACUAUUCCAUUUUGCCAUAGUCACGCUGAUUGGGUUGAUCGUUUUCCGCGUCUUUUUAUUUUUUGCUGACCUUACCUUUGGUAUGAGUGGUUCACCCAAUGCUUAUGCCAACCGUAAAUGGCUUAAAACUUGGAAUAUUAAUGAUUCUGAAUAAUUGCUAUAAAAUUAUUUGGUGUGUAUUUGAGAUUUGUAUUGAAGUCGAUGAAGAUUGUUUGUCUUGAGUUUUUAUUUCGCUACAAUAAAUAUGGGAGAUUUCAAUAGUGUUG